UCAACCACAAAUGAACCAACAACUACAACUGUGGUAACAACAACCACAACUGAGCCAAUAACUUCAACCGUAACAACCACAACUGAGCCAACAACUACAACCACAAAUGAACCAACAACUACAACAGAGGCAACAACAACAACAACAAUUGAACCAACAACAACCCCAAUUCCAACAAGUUCAACCACAAAUGAACCAACGACUACAACAGAAGAAACAACAACAACAACAGAACCAACAACCACAACUGAACCAAAAACAACCACAUAUGAACCAACAACAGCCACAAUUGUGCCAACAACUUCAACCACAAAUGAACCAACAACUACAACUGACGUAAAAACAACCACAACUUCAACCACAAAUGAACCAACGACUACAACAGAAGCAACAACAACAACUGAACCAACAACAACCACAAAUGAACCAACAACAACCACAAUUUUGCCAACAACCACAAUUGUGCCAACUACUUCAACCACAAAUGAACCAACGACUACAACAGAGGCAUGUGAUUUCAUCUAUCGGCGACGCUUUGGAUUUCUGUUUGUGCGGACCAUUGUGAGAGCAUUCAGGCUGGCUACUAGAUACCGAGCGGACACCAUUGAAUCAGAAGUUGAGACAGAUAUUGACGUUGUGUUCAACGAGACUUCAAUUGAGCCCCUACCUACAAGCUCUGUUGUUAUUGAAGCCCUGGCUAUCGCCAUAAAUGACUUAAAUUCAGGCUUCAAUAUUUCUGUGGUGCCUGGAUCCAUCUUUGUGAGAAGUGAACCCAAAUCAGCAGCCAUUGUCCAGUUCUGUACCAAUGACACAUUUAUUGCUGACCUUUUGAAUUCUUCUUCGGUUGCCUUCAGUAAAAGAUCCUCACUGAUCAAAACAGAGCUAGAGCCAUUUUUCUUUGAAGACUAUCAGCCAGAUUUCAUCAGCCUCACACCAACAAGCUUCAGCAAAGGAUCAAUUAUUCAUGAGACGAACAUGACCAUAACCUCUGAUGCAACGUUCCCCAAUGAUACACAGAUUAUAGCCACCCUGACUAGAGCUGCCUUGAGUGGAAACUUGUCAUUUACCAUCAUCUUCAUUGACAGCACAGUAUCAACUACAAUUGUAGCACCAACAUCAACGACCAAUAUACCAACACAAUCAACUACAACGGAACCAACCACAAAUGAGGCAGCAACAACCACAAUUGAACAAACAACAACCACAGAUAAAGCAACAACAACUACAAUUGAACUGACAACAACUACAAUUGAGGCAAAAACAACCACAAUUAAUCCAACUACUUCAACCAAAAAUAAACCAACAAUAACCACAAUCGAACCAACUUCAACUGUGGCAACAACAACCCCAAUUGAGCCAACAACAACCACUACCAAACCAUCAACCACAACUGAGGUAACAACAACCAAUAUUGUGCCAACUACUUCAACCACAAAUGAACCAACAACCACAACUGAGGCAACAACAACCACAAUUGAACCAACAACCACCACUGAGGUAACAACAACCACAAUUGAUCCAACAACUUCAACCACAAUUGUGCCAACUACUUCAACUGAGGUAACAACAACCACAACUGAGCCAACAACAACCACAAUUAUUGGGGCAACAACUUCAACCACAAAUGAACCAACAACUACAACUGAGACAACAACUUCAACCACAAUUGCGCCAACUACUUCAACCACAACUGAGGCAACAACAACCACAAUUGAACCAAAAAACACCACUGAGGUAAUAACAACCACAAUUGAGCCAACAUCUUCAACCACAAAUGAACCAACAACUACAACUGAGGCAACAACCACCACAAUUGAACCAAAAACAACCACAAUUGAGACAAAAGAGGCAACAACAACAUUUGAACCAAAAACAACGACAAUUGAGGCAACAACUUCAACCACAAAUGAACCAAGAACCACAAUUGAGGCAACAACAACCACAUUUGAGGCAACAUCAACCACAUUUGAACCAACAACAAUCACAAUUGUGCCAACUACUUCAACCAUAAAUGAACCAAGAACCACAAUUGAAGCAACAACAACCACAAUUGAGGCAAAAACAACUACAUUUGAAACAACUACAUUUGUGCCAACUACUUCAACCACAAAUGAACCAAUGACUACAACAGAGGCAACAACAACAAUUGAACCAAAAACAACCAGAAUUGAGACAACAACAACAAAUGAACCAACAACAACCACUAUUGUAACUGAGCCAACUACUUCAACCACAAAUAAACCAACAACCACAAUUGAGGCAACAACAACCACACUUGAACCAACAGCAACCACAUUUGCACCAUCUACUUCAACCACAAAUGAACCAACGACCACAAUUGAGGCAACAACAACCACAAUUGCAUCAACUACUUCAACAAAAAAUGAACCAACAACUACAACUGAGGUAACAACAACCACAAUCAACCACAAUUCAGACAACAACUUCAACCACAAAAGAACCAACAACAAUAACAAUUGA